GCACACUGCCGGUCACGUGUGUGAAAACAAACGUAGGUGAAGAGCAGUGAUCCGUUAGUGUAGAAAACAAAUGUCGCGGACAGUGUCACAGUCGUGAUGACCUCAUGUAACUAACAACUAUGGCGACUCCAGCCGUGCGCAUGUAUCGGAGGUUGGAGGGUUUGUUUUGUGCGUACAAGCCUCCCGGUGUUCACUGGAAACUCGUACGGGACACCGUCGAGACCAAUCUUCUGAAAGGUUUGAGUGCUGCACCGCCGCCGCCUUGUCCUCAGGAGGUCCGCUUUUUGGCACAACCCGGAAGUGAUGCCGAGGCACCCAAAGGUCUCACACUGUCCGUGGCGUCUGUGCCUGCUCUGUCCCACCACCCCCUGGUAACUGGACCUGAAUUCCGGCAUAUAAGAGUUGGAGUCGGACAUCGCCUGGACGCCUCUUCCUCUGGAGUUUUAGUUCUUGCAGUUGGGAAUGGAAACAAGGUCCUCAAUGAUCUCUACCAAACACGAACCACAAGGGACUACACACUGGAGGGUGAGUUUGGGAGUGCAACAGACGAUUUCUCUGACAAGGGUCGUGUUGUGGAAAGGUCCACCUAUGAUCACAUCACACUGGACAAGCUGAACAGAGUCCUGGCGAUGAUGCAGGGAGCCAAUCAAAAGGCGAUGUUAAUGUAUUCCAAUGUCGACAUGCACUCACAGGAAGCCUAUGAGAUGGCCGUGCAAGGUUUACUGGGUCCGGAGGGGAAGUCGGUGCCUAUUUUGACAGGCCUGCGUUGCAUUCACUUCCAGCCCCCCAACUUCACGUUAGAGGUGCAGUGCCUAAAUGAAACUCAGAAAUAUUUGCGCAAAGUCGUCCACGAGAUAGGACUCGAGCUGCGCAGUGCGGCGGCGUGUAAAGGAGUGAGACGGACCAGAGACGGACCUUUCACACUCCGGGACGCCCUGACACGUCACCACUGGAAGGCUUCUGAUGUUAUGCAUGCCAUGCAACAAUACCACUCCUGUAAGAAAACUAAAAAGACACUCCAAGUCACAGAUCAAGAAACCAGGAUUACAACCACUGGAAGAAAAAGUGAAAGCCAGUCACCAAAUGAAACCAACAGUGUCAGCAGGUAGAGUUAAAUGACUUGUUGCUGUGACCAGCAUUUGAUACAAGCCACUUAAAAUCCAACCGCUCCACAGUGACUCUAUGAGCCUGGACUCUGCAUCAAACCAGAAUACAAAAUAUUCUGAUUUCUGAAACAGAAGGUUGGUAUUAAAUUGGACACAAUUUGUCACAUUAUGCUUUUGUUUAAAAUGCAAACUUCUCUCCACCUACAGAGACAAUUGGCUUCUUGACGAAUAAAACAUUGUCCCGUUUGUACAGGUCAUUUUGAUGUAUUCACCAAAUUGACAUGAAAGUGGAUUCUUUUAAAAAAAAUCUUGAAAUAAACUGAAAAAGAAGCUGA